CUGGCCCGAUGCUGAUUACAUUUCACCUGCUCGUAAAUACUGGAGAGGGCUAGAGACAGACAAUAAACGACAAGAAUUAAAGAUCCGUUUGAUUAAAUAAGACAGAUAAUCCCACUCCGUUUAAUAGAAACACGUGGAGAGAAAGGGAAGUCGUAAAUCUAUUUUUAUUUUUGUCUCUAACUGGAGAAAAGAUAAACUCUACGAGUUUACUCGCACUGCAGGUAAAUCGUGGAAAAAAGACCAAGGAAGGUUAUUUUCUAAGGAUGCAUUCGACAGUGUACUACAUUGGCGCCUUCGUCUUGUCUGUGACGCUUCUUCAAGCGAGCAGUUUGGAGACCAUGGUAGGCCUCUACGGGGAGACCAUCGAGGUGCCGUGCAACAACGGGGCUUCGAUUGCGGCCAACCUGUUCGUCAAAUGGAAAUACGACAAGGACGACGGCACCCCCGGCGACCUGCUCAUCAAGAAGAAGGACUCGGCGUCCAUCCUGGCCACCGACGGGUACCAGGACCGGGUGAACAUCUCGGAGAGCUACGGCCUGCUCAUCGCCGAGGCCAACCUGGGCGACCAGAAGACCUUCACCUGCAUGGUGGUGACCGAGUCGGACGUCCUGACGUACCCCGUCAGCGUGCUGGUGCACAAGAAACCGGCGCCUCCGACAAUCACAGACAAAGCAGAGGACCUGGAGAAUGGGAAACUAACCACGCUAGGGAAGUGCAUCGCGAAAGACGCCAAUCCAGCCGCCAACGUCACAUGGUUGCGAAACGGCAAGCCUUUGGCCGACGAUGGCAAAACGAUCGUGAUCACGUCGACCGUGGAGGUGGACCAGGAGACCGGCCUCUCGACCACCGCCUCCGAGCUGCGGUACACCGCCUCCAGGGAGGACAUGGACGCCAAAUUCGCCUGCAGCGCCCAGCACAGCCUGGGCCCGGACCAGGAGUCUGCCGCCGUCAGCUUCUCCAUCCACUAUCCCACGGAGAAGGUCAGCCUGCAGGUGCUCUCCCAGGGGCCCCUGAAGGAGGGGGACAACGUGACCCUCAAGUGCAAGGGCGACGGAAACCCUCCCCCCGCCAGCUACGACUUCUACAUCAAGGGCCAGAAGGUGACGGUGGAGUCAGACACGCACACGCUGGUGGGCGUGACGCGCGAGAGCACCGGCGAAUACAAGUGCUCCCCCGUCGGCGACAGCGCGGUGGUGGCCUCUGAGAACAUCACCGUCAACUUCCUGGACGUCAGUCUCAGCCUCUCGGGAACGAUCGUUAAAAAGGUCGGGGAGAACGUGGCGGUGGAGGUGGAGAAGAACGCGUCCGGCGACGUCACGGUUACCUGGACAAAGGACGGUGAAAAUCUGGAGAAGCAGCCCAGGUUUGACAGGCUGAAGUAUGCAGACUCUGGGAGCUAUGCGUGCCAGUUCUCCAUGGCCGGGCUCACACAAAGACGCUCCUUCACACUGGUCGUCGAAGGUGUGCCGGUGAUCAAGAGGCUGGACAAAAAGAGGGGCGACGACGGCAAACACAAGGUCCUGAUCUGCGAGGCGGAGGGGGCCCCGAAACCCAGCGUCCUGUGGAGCAUCAACGGCACUUCCGAGGAGAGCCCCUACGUCAACGGCAAGAUCGUUCACAAGAUCAUCAUGGUGCCCACGGCAAACCUCACGGUGUCCUGCACGGUCUCUAAUGACCUGGGCCAAGAUGUGAAGGUUAUAAAUGUGUCCUCCUUAUUUAAGGAGGAGGAAAAAAUUAUGGAAAGACAAGACCAGACGGACGACUCGGGGGACCAGGCCAAGCUGAUCGCGGGGAUUGUGGUGGGCUUGCUCCUGGCUGCGCUGGUUGUGGGGCUGGCGUACUGGAUAUACAUGAAGAAAUCCAAACAGGGAAGCUGGAAGACGGGAGAGAAGGAGGCCGGGACCUCGGAGGAGAGCAAGAAGCUGGAGGAGAAGCUGGAGGAGAACAACCACAAGGCGGAGGUGUGAAGAAGCGGAGGGGCGUUUUAGGAACGAGGAAGGGAAGAAGCAGUAAUAAGAGGCCAUAGUGCAUUCACAUGCUGUUUGAGAGAAGAAGAAAAAAAAGAAAAAACAAAUCAAAAGGAGACAUCGGAGCCUUUUUUCUUGAACAUAGACGACAUCCAUCAGGCUUUUUAGUGUGCAACUUUGACCAGCAGAUAUUUUUCUCCCGAAAACCUGAGAUGUACAUAAUUACUCUCCCACGAUCACGAAAAAAGAAAAAAAAAACGAAAGAAUGUGUUGUAUGUGGAUUUUUAUUUUGCUGAGUGUGCACUGAAGACUGCUUUUUCCUCCUUUUUGUUGUUCCUGGUGAAUGCGCUUUCGUACUCGGUGAAGUAGGUUUCUGGUAUUUUUUUUUUUUUUCCAUGGUAUUUUUUUUUUCUUUUUCUUCUUCAUCUUUUGGGUAAAAAUGUCAAUUCACUGUUCACUUACUUAGGCCUAUAUUAUAAAUACACAUAGCUGGUGGUUUCAUGGGCAAGUUUGGUGCAUUUCCUGUGCAGGACGGCCGUACACCAAGGACUAAUUGGACUAUUCUGGGAAGAACCUAUGCUUGUUUAUUGUGAAUCUGUGGGUUUUGCUUGAAGAUGCUUCACUGCUGUUACUUCACUACACCUCAAGAGUUCAUUUUUUGCGUUCGCCGUUUUUCAUUUGAAAUGCCCUUUCGGCGUCGAGUCGUUUGGUUUAAGAGUGGAGUACAGCAUCUAGGAUUUGUUUUCCAAAAUAAAAAAUGAUUGGGAGUUUUUAAGUGCGAGCCGAAUUGCCACAACACCCUCUUUAUUUGGUUUGCCAAAAUCUUUGGGGAAGUUACGCUGCUUAGUCUCAUGUAUCUGUUCUCUCGUCCCUUCACAACAAUGAGUAAUAUUUCAUCACGCGCAGAAGAAGUCAAUAUACAAAAUAAACAGUGCAUUGGAUUUCAUUUUGUCUGUUUACCUCUCUGGUAUCCUUGCCUGGUUGGUGUGGGACCGCUCCUGUUGGGCGGCUGCACUGUUAAAAUGGGCGUGCAUCCACUGUAGCUGGAGGAGAUUUACUGUACCUGUAAAUAUGGCUGAUUCAGAUGCUUUCCCCCCCUGUUUAUACUGUACAAGACAUGUUAGCUGUGCCUUUGGCGUUAGAUAGGUUUAGUCAAUUUUGCCUUCAUUCCUUUACAAAGUUUAUCAUUUCAGCGGUUUGAGAAGGUAGUGUACAGUAGAUCAACUCAUUCAUUUAGAAUAUUGUAUGGUGUUAUGUGAGCCAGUUUCUUUUGGUUUUUUUUCUUCAUUUUUGAUUGAUUGAAGGACAUUACACAUAAGGUGCAGGAGGGUACUGGGGAAGCAUUGGCAUUGUAGCGUUGAUUUUUAAUUUUUUCUUUUUACUUGUUAGUUGAUUAAAUCCAUCAGGUCAGCAGUGAAACCAAAGAGGGUGAAGUGAGAAGGCCAUAUAAGUAUUGUAAAUACUGACUUUUGUUUUUGUACUUUUGUUUAAAAUAAAAUGUACAUUUUGAAGAAAACAAUAAACUCCUGAAAAUACA